AUGCUUACAAUCUCCAGUUGCAUGGACUGUAUAAAUUCAGACAAGGCACAAAACUCAAGUAGAUCUAAAAGAUAUCAGUGGAGAAGAUUAUGGCAAGUCCCAUAUUCACAAUUCUUUCCCUCUUCAUCUUCUCUUGUUUUGUGUUAUCAACUCCAGCAACAUGUUCGAGCAACGAAACUGAUCUGGUUUCGUUGCUAUCAUUCAAGAAUACUGUGAAUGAUCCUCAGGGAGCUCUAUAUUCGUGGAACGAAACCACACACUUUUGCAGUUGGAACGGCAUCCAAUGUGGUCGGAGGCACCCGAAUAGAGUUGUCGCAAUAAAUUUGAGAUCCCAAGACUUGAUGGGGACCCUUACGCCUCAUAUAGGUAACUUAUCCUUUCUUAGAAGUAUAAAUCUCCAAAACAAUAGCUUCCGUGGUGAAAUUCCCAAUGAAAUUGGUCGGUUAAGGCGACUGGAGAGUGUAGACUUUAGUAAUAAUUCGUUUAUCGGUGCAAUACCAAGAAACAUCUCCCAGUGUCCAAAUCUUUUUUAUCUUAAUUUGAUCGAUAACAAUCUCUCAGGAAUCAUACCACAAGAGCUUGGUUCUCUAUACAAACUUGAGGCGCUUGGCUUAAGUGGAAACGAACUCCUCGGCCCUAUCCCUCCAUCCAUUGGGAAUCUAACAUCUCUUGGAGUUCUUAGCCUAACCUUAUGUGGCUUGACAGGAGAAAUUCCAAACUCACUUGUCCGACUUCAUAGGCUAACAUUUCUGUCCUUAGCUUUUAACAAUUUGGUCGGUACUAUUCCUUCUGGUCUUUUCAAUAUUUCCAUGCUGAGAGAAUUUGUAGUUAACAGAAAUCAACUUCAAGGAUCCAUACCCGGUAGCAUAGGUCUUACUCUCCCAAAUUUGAGGAUCUUUUAUUUAGGUCAAAACCAACUUAGUGGAGGAAUUCCGAUGUCCCUCUCCAACGCUUCCUCUCUUGAACGCAUUCAACUUACGAGCAACUUGUUUACUGGGCCUAUCCCACGGCUUGGACGUCUUUCGCUUCUUUCCAGCUUAAGCAUUGGGGACAAUCCGGUUAAUGAUGACAUAAGUUUUAUUGCAUCAUUGACAAAUUGUACGAAUCUGGAGAGGCUCUUGGUCUAUGAAAUUCCAUUAUUGGGUGGUCCAUUGCCACACUCGGUGGUGAAUUUUUCUAGUGGCCUUAUUGAACUGGUGAUAUCAGGAACUCAAGUGCGUGGAGAAAUUCCUUCAGGUAUUGGAAACCUUGUUGCGCUCAAUCGCUUGGUCCUCUCGAACAAUGAUCUUGAGGGUCCUAUUCCUUCCGACAUUGGAAAACUAUCUAGUUUGCAAGAACUCUUUCUGGAAGGAAAUAGAUUCAAGAAUCAACUACCAUCUUCCCUUGGAAACAUGACUUUGUUGUCUUACCUAUACUUGCAAGAGAAUAAUUUUUCUGGAAAUUUACCUCAGAGUCUUAGUAAUUGUACCAAGUUGUUAGGCUUGGACUUGUCCAGCAACAAUUUCAGUGGUCUGAUACCUCGAGAAAUUAUGAGUCUUUCUUCCAUUUCUCUUUCAUUUAAUCUAUCUUUCAAUGCGUUCAUGGGGUCCAUUCCAAGUGAAAUAGGAUCAUUAACAAAUGUAGAAAACUUGGAUUUCUCUAACAACAGAUUGUCCGGACUUAUUCCAAACUCUUUAAGCAAUUGCUUGGUCUUGCAACAUCUUUUCCUGAAGGGAAACUUACUUCAGGGAGAAAUACCUCCAGGAUUAAGUGCUUUAAGAGGCCUGGUAGAGUUGGAUCUUUCAAGAAAUAAUUUGUCGGGGACAAUCCCAAGCUUCCUAGCUGAGCUACAUCUUCAGAGAUUGAACCUCUCAUACAACGGGUUUCAUGGUGAGGUCCCAAGAACAGGCUUAUUUAGGAACAGAACAGCAAUUUCACUUGAUGGGAACAAAGAAUUGUGUGGAGGAAUUCCUGAGUUGAAUCUUCCUCCUUGCUCGUCGAAGACUUCCUCGAAGAAGAACCCAUCAAGCUUACCGAAAGUAUUGAUCGCAGUUGUCAUCUCUGGAGGUGUAUUCAUUACAUUUUUAGUGUUCCUCGUCCUGGUUCUUUACAGGCGUAGACGGCCCAAAGAGAAUGUGGCUUCUAUAGAGUCAUUAGUUGGUACCCAAUUUACAAGGCUUUCUUAUGGAGAUCUUCUAAAGGCAACUAAUGGUUUGUCGGAAGCUAAUUUGAUUGGUUCAGGAAGAUUUGGAUCUGUUUACAAAGGGAUUCUUGAAGAUCAUGGAAAGACAUUGAUUGCUGUCAAAGUGCUUAAUCCUUUUGUUAAAGGAGCGUUCAAGAGUUUCAUGGCAGAAUGUAAUGCACUGCGAGAUAUCAGACAUAGAAAUCUGUUGAAAUUGCUGAGUGUUUGUGAAAGCAUAGACUUCCAGGGUAAUGAUUUUAGAUCAUUGAUAUAUGAUUUCAAAGCAAAUGGGAGUUUAGACAAAUGGUUGUACCACCAUGUGGAGCAAGAAGGACUUAGGCGCCUCAGUUUGAUUCAAAGACUUGAUAUUGCCAUUGAUGUUGCUCAUGCACUUGAGUAUCUACACUUUGGUACUGAUUCAACUAUUGUUCAUGGUGAUUUAAAGCCGAGUAACAUUCUUUUGGAUCAUAAUAUGAUUGCUUAUGUGGGCGACUUUGGAUUAGCCAAGAUUGUUUCGGACAUGUUUCCAGCACAAGAAAGCAGCAGCUCAAUUGGGAUCAGAGGUACCAUCGGCUACAUUGCUCCAGAAUAUGGCACGAGUAACUUGGUUUCAACUCAAGGGGAUGUGUAUAGUUAUGGGGUCCUUCUUCUUGAGAUAUUUACGAAUAGAAGACCAACAGAUGAUUCGUUCAAGGAAUACGCAACUCUUCAAGGGUUCGUUAGUGCUGCCUUGUCAGAUGGUAUAUUGAAAAUUAUCGAUCCUCUCAUUCAAAUAGAAAAUGAUAAAAGUAUCAAUAAGAUCACAGAUUGCGUGGUUUCUGUAUUGAGCAUUGGAGUGGCUUGCUCAAAGGAUUUGCCAAGAGAUCGAAUGUCGAUGACAGAUGUUGUUCGUGAGUUGCAUAAGAUAAAAGAUCGCUAUCUCUCUGCAAACAGGAGCUAAUAAUCUUUCUUAACAAAAAUGUGUAUAUAUGUGUUUUUAUGUAUUUUAUUUCCUUAGUUUUGCUUCGAUUAAAAGUGUAUUGAUGUUGUUAUUUUGCUUACAUGUUAAAAAUAAAUCGAGAAUGUCUAUAUCCUUUCUGUUUUUAA